GCCACUUUGUGCUCCUCACUCAUCCCCUUCUCCACAAUGUCAUCGUCGAGCGACAACAGCUCUGCGGUCAAGCGCUGGCCCAAUCAACCCAAUCGUCCCUCUUUGCGCUUCCGCGAACCAUUCACAGUCGAUGUGGUAGCCCGCCACCUCGCCCGUACCAUCCUUCGUCCCGAGCUCGUCUUUGCCUGGCCUGCCCUCCUCUACUCCUUCGACCGUCGCUAUGCUCACCGUCUAUUCGCACUUGCCAGAGAGGGACAGUUUCCUCGCCUGCUCUCCCUAGCCACGCUGCGAGGACUGCUGCGCGCCUAUCCGCUCUUUGCCCUCGCCUGGCUCUUUGGCCUGAUUCGCGUCCUCAACGCAGCAUUGGAACGAUAUGCUUCCAACUUGGGCGAGUGGAAGGCAGACAAGCCCAAUUGGAGCAAAGAGGUCGUCGUCGUCACAGGUGGGGCAAGAGGCAUAGGCGCAAAGAUUGUCGAGCUGCUCAGUCAUGAGAAGCGGGCGCGCGUGGCCGUACUCGACCUGGGCGAGCCAGAGUAUGCGCCUGCUCCUCGAGGGGCGCCUGCCAUUCACUACUACAAGGUCGACGUCGCUGAUGCCUCUGCGGUGGCUGGCGCGGCCGCCUCGAUCCGCCGCCACUUGGGACCUGUCACAAUGCUAGUCAAUAAUGCCGGCCUCAUGUCCUUUCACCGCAUCGUCGAUACCGACCCUGCCAACGUCACCAAACUCUGGCGAGUCAAUACCCUCGCCCACUUCGUCACCGUGAAAGAGUUCCUCCCAGACAUGAUCAAGAAGAACCACGGCCACAUAAUGGCCCUCACAUCUAGCGCAUCGUUUGCGUCCCUCCCUCAGAUGUCCGAGUACACUACCAGCAAAACGGCCUCCCUCGCCUUCUUCGAAGUGUUGCGCGGCGAAUUGCGAUCACGCUACCAUGCCCCUCGCGUGCGUACCUCCAUCUGCUGCCCUACAAAGGUACAAACGACAAUGGGCAACAGCAUGGAGUCGCACGAGAUGCCCUUCUUUCACCCUACGCUGCAGCCCAUCCAAGUAGCAAGGCGCAUGGUAGACGCCCUCGACUCGGGUCUGAGCCAUUACAUGGUCAUGCCUGGUUUGAUGAAGAUCCUUCCGCUUCUGCGAGGAAUGCCGUAUUGGCUGAGGAGCUUCAUCGACAUUGUGGGAAAGACGGAUCACUUGGUGAACGACAGCAGCGCUAAGCGUGCGUACGACGAUGGGUAUGGGAAAGAGUGGGAGGGAAGCGACGCAGAAGACCGAAAGCGUUUCCUCGCCAGUCUCGAGAAGAAGGCAUGAACGUCGGAGGAAGUCGCCGAGAGACCUGGGUCGAGACAAGGUUCAAUCAAUAUCCCCUGCGCGUCAAGCUCAGAUUCUCCCUCCAUUCCUCGCUCGCUAUUCGCCGAUGUCACUCAGUCUUCACGCUCGGUGUUUUUCGAAUCGUAAUGCGGAU